AUGCCCGCGGAAAGUGUAAAUGCGAUAUAUGUAGAACCCGGGUCGCGCUUUUCGCUGCCACUCGCACUAUACAAUCAGAUUGGCUGCCACAGACAAUCGCACGAGGGUGAUCGGCAACCAGUGACAUCUUUCCCUUACCCAUCCCAUCAGCCACCCGCCAUCAUGCGUGCAGCGAUCCUGUCGGCUGCUGCGCUCCUUACGGCCGUUGGCGCGUUCGACACGCAGUUCACGCCGCAGCUGGUUCCGCUCCAGGAGAAUGCCCUCACGACGGAGCUGUUUCCCAUGGCCGACUGCCACGGCUUCAAGCUGGAGGAGGCCACCAUCGACCAGAUGCAGGAGGCCAUGGAAAAGGGCAACCUGACGUCGUUGAAGCUGGUAGGAUGCUACCUUACCAGGACGUUCCAGACUGAAGAGUACAUCAACUCCGUCUUGCAAGUCAACCCCGACGUUUUUGCCAUUGCCGCCGAGCGCGAUGCAGAGCGUCAAAGCGGCAAGGUCCGCGGUCCCCUGCACGGCAUUCCCUUUACCGUCAAGGACAACAUCGGCACCAAGGACAACAUGGAGACGACAGCCGGAAGCUUCGCCCUUCUUGGCAGCAUCGUGCCCCGCGACGCGCACGUCGUAGCCAAGCUCCGCGACGCCGGCGCCGUGCUCUUUGGCAAGGCCACGCUCAGCGAGUGGGCCGAUAUGCGUAGCAGCAACUACUCAGAGGGCUUCUCCGGUCGCGGCGGACAGUGCCGCAGCUCAUACAACUUGACCGUGAACCCCGGUGGCAGCAGCUCUGGAAGCGCUGUUGGUGUCGCCGCCAACGUUGUUGCCUUUUCGCUCGGCACCGAGACCGACGGUAGUGUCAUUAACCCAGCUUCUCGCAAUGCCCUUGUUGGGUUCAAGCCCACCGUGGGCCGCACCUCGCGCGCGGGCGUCAUUCCCGAGACGGAGCACCAGGACUCGGUCGGCUCCUUUGGCCGCACCGUGCGCGACGCCGUGUACGUCUUUGACGCCAUCCACGGCGCCGACCCGCGCGACAACUACACGCUCGCCGAGGGCAUCAAGCAGGCGCCCGAGGGUGGCUACGCCUCGCUGCUGGCCAAGAAGUCGGCGCUCAAGUGCGCGCGCUUCGGCCUGCCGUGGAUGAGCUACUGGCGCUUCGCCGACGACGAGCAGCUCGCCGCGCUCACGCGGCUGCUGGACAUGAUGCGCGCCGCGGGUGCCACCAUCAUCAACGGCACGGAAAUCACCGACUUUGAGACCAUUGUCAGCCCCAACGGCUGGGACUGGGACUGGGGCAACACGGCUCGCGGCCGCGCCAACGAGUCGGAGCUGACGUACGUCAAAGUUGACUUUUACAACAACAUGAACAAGUAUCUCGAGGAGCUCACCAACACCAACGUGCGCACCGUCGACGACAUCAUCCAGUACAACAUCGACAAUGACGGCGCCGAGGGCGGCCGCCCAUGGCCCCUCGGCCACCCGGCGUGGUACUCUGGCCAGGACGUCUUCCUCGCCUCGCAGGCGACCAAGGGUGUCCAGAACGAGACCUACUUUCAAGCUCUUAACUACUGCCAGUCAACGGCGCGCAAGGGCAUCGACGACGCGCUGCGCCACAACGGCACGCGCCUCAACGGUCUCCUCGUGCCGCCCGCGGUCGGGCAGAGCUACCAGCAGGCCGCGCAGGCGGGCUACCCGGCCGUGACGAUCCCCGUCGGCGUGAGCUCCGACUCGGGCAUGCCGUUUGGCCUGGCGAUUCUGCAGACGGCGUGGCGCGAGGACGAGCUGGUCAAGUGGGCGAGCGCCAUUGAGGACCUGCAGCUCACGUCCAACACGACGCUGAAGCGCACUCAGCCGACUUGGCGCGGUUAUCUUGAGCGCAACGUCCCUGUACCUUUUUAA